GAACAAUUUGCUUUUAUCAACAGGUGCAAUGGUUUGAAAUUACAGGCUUGCUUGAAACUAGGUAUUGACCAUAAUGUUUAUUCAACAAUAUUCCCAAAUAAGAUGUCGCCAAAUGUUGUUCAGUGAAUAACAGACUGAAUAAUUGUGUCAUGACCAUGUAAAGGACAGCAGAAAACAUUGUCAGUUUGAGUGGGAAUAACUGAAAUAUGGCAGCAUGAUCUGGAUUAUGCUCCAGUGCAUUUUGAUAUGAGUUAAAACCCAAGUCCACUGACCUUUGAUCACGUAGAAGUUCUUCAUAUAUAAGCCCACCAGGAUGCCUGCGCGGAAGGGUGGCUGGUGUUGUCUUGGGGGUCGACCGCCGGACAUCAAGUACGAGAUUGAGACAGGCACCGCCAUGAAAACCCUGGCCCUUGACAUCCCCAUGCCUCAGGAUGAAAAUGAGUUGAACAAAAUGUUUGCUGAAUUAGUGGAGGAGCUGGACCUUGACAAGCCCCAUCGUGAGGCCCUGUUCAGUAUGGACCCGCAGAAGAAGUGGCAGCUCUACUGUAGCAAGAAACAGGGGAUGAACGAUACCAACAGUCCAGGUUUCUACAUUGAGAGGAUAAAUGCCAUGGCCAGUAUUAUCAGUUAUGAUGAGGAAGAGCUACAACAAAGGGAGAAAACUGUGGAGAAUCUUAAAACAGCUCUGAGAACUCAGCCAGUGAGUUUUGUAGUGCGGUUCCUGGACCUUGAAGGCCUGGCCUGCCUGGAGAAGUUUCUCACCCUGAUGGACUACAGUGUGGCUGAGAGUAGUGUGCAUACCUCCAUCAUUGGCUGCUUCAAGGCCCUGAUGAACAGCUCGCAAGGGCGCAGUCACGUGCUGGCACAUCCCAACAGCAUCAAUGUGAUAGCCCAGAGUCUGCAUGUAGAGAAUGUCAAGACGAAGAUAGCGGUGCUCGAGAUACUCGGGGCAAUGUGCGUCGUGCCAGGUGGGCAUCGCAAAGUACUGGAGGCCAUGUUACACUAUCAGAAGUACGCAUGUGAACGUGUGCGAUUUCAGCGUCUGAUCAAUGACCUAGAUCGCAGCACGGGGGUGUACCGGGAGGAAGUGAAUCUGAAAACAGCCAUCAUGUCUUUCAUCAACGCUGUGAUCCGAUGUGGACCAGGAAAGGAUUAUUUAGAAUUUCGACUGCAUAUACGCUAUGAGUUCUUGAUGUUAGGAAUCCAGCCUGUCAUAGAGAAACUAAAACGCCAUGAUAACGCUACACUCACAAGACAUUUAGAUUACUUUGAAAUGACAAGAAAUGAAGAUGAAAAAGUACUGGCAAAAAAGUUUGAAGGUGCUCACAUAGAAACUAAAAGUGCCAGCAGCAUGUUUGAGCUGUUGCGCAAGAAGUUGUUCAUGUCGCCAGCCUAUGCCCAUCUGCUGUCUCUGCUGCAACACCUACUGCUCAUUCCAUACGCCAAUACUGAGUUCACGACUGGCAUGUGGUUGCUGAUAGACAAGAUCAUACAGCAGGUCGUGCUACAGAAGAACAACCAGGACUACGACUAUGAAACAUUAGAGAUCAAUGUGAAGAAAACCAUCCUUAUGCUUACAAAUGAAACCGACAUCAAGUCCUAUCAAGGAAAGCUCAGAGAUGUUGAAAAGGCCAAUGAAGACCUCCAAUCAAAGCUGACAAAGAAAGAACGUGAAGCGGAGGCUCGUAAUCAAGAGAAAGAGGAACUGUUGGACACUGUGAACAAGAUGAAGAGUAAGCUUGAGGAGAGUAAACAGCAGAUAGCUGAACUGGGGAAAUGUGUUGAAGAUCUUAAAUUGCAGCUAGAGGCAGAGAGGGGGGAGCGUGUGAAGCUGCAGCACCUGGUGAAUACGGGCAGUCUCCCGGACGAUGCCAAGAUGGGACUGUCCUCAAUGACGGUCCUUUCUGGGGGCUACCCUGCCAUGAUUACACCUUCCCCACCCUCAGGGAAAAUUCCCCCACCCCCUCCCCCACCUGGCAUGGGUCCACCACCCGCACCAGGAUUUGACACUACUGAUGGUGCUUUAGGUGCCCCUCCCCCGCCUGCUCCCCCACCGGGUAUGUUCGGACUCCCAGGCAGCGCUCAGCGUAAAAACGUGCCCAAGUCAAAACAGCCGCUGAAAUCCUUCAACUGGACCAAGCUCGAUGAUAAUCGUAUCAAGGGUUCCAUAUGGACUGAUAUAGAUGACACAAGUCUCUACCCACUGCUGGAUCUGGAGGAAUUUGAGAGAACAUUCUCAGCCUACCAGAAGAAGCAGGACGAAACAGACGAUGCCAAGACGCCCGGGAAAUCCCCGCCGAAGAACAAGGAGCUCUCAGUGAUUGAUGGCAGACGAGCACAGAACUGCACCAUCCUUCUGUCUAAACUCAAGAUCAGUAACCAGGAAAUCAAGUCUGCCGUUCUGAGUAUGGAUGAACAUGAAGACAUUCCUAAGGACAUGCUUGAACAGUUGUUGAAGUUUGUACCUACAUCAGAAGAGAUGCAAACGAUGGGAGAGCUAGGUGGGGAGGUCGAGAACCUGGCAAGGGCAGACAAGUUCCUCUAUGAGAUGGGCAUGGUGAGCCACUAUGAACAGAGGGUACAAGCUCUGUACUUCAAAAAGAAGUACCCCGACAGAAUGGCCGAUGUGAAACCAAGAAUUGAAGCUGUGUUGGAAGGCUCCAAACAACUUACAAAAAGCCGUCGACUAAAGAAACUUCUAGAAAUUGUGCUUGCCAUGGGAAACUACAUGAAUAGGGGCCAGCGGGGAAACGCUAGGGGCUUCACAAUCUCAUCCCUAACCAAUCUGGUGGAUACGAAAUCUAGCAUCAACAAACAUGUCACCUUAUUACAUUAUUUAGUGGACGUGGUAGAAAAACGAUUCCCAGAUGUCUUGAAGAUUGGGACCGAUCUCAGUUUUGUAGGGACUGCUUGCAAAGUAAAUUUCUCAGAGCUCGACAAAGAGUUAGGAACGAUACGGACGGGGUUAAAGGACAUUGAGAAGGAGUUGAGCUACUUUGAGGAGCGAGGGUCCACGACCCCAGGGGACAGGUUCCUCUCGGUAAUGAAACAAUUUAUCACCGUGGCAACGUACAGCUUCUCUGAAGUGGAGGAAAACUACGUAGAAAUGAAACAGAAGUUUGAAACCUGUCAGAAGUGUUUUGGUAUUGCCGAGUCUGGCCAACCAGAUGAGUUCUUUGGUGUGUUUGACGCCUUCCUUGUGGCUAUGAAUGACGCUCGAGUAGAGAAUGAGAAAAUACGCAAAAUGAAGGAGGAGGAAGAGAAACGAGCACAUCUUGAAGAGAAGCUGAAGAAAGAGCGUGAACUGAGGUUGACAAAGAAGGCAGGCACUAUGAACGGGCAAGUGAACGGAAGCGAUAAAGGUGAGUUUGACGACCUUGUCUCGGCUUUGAGAACAGGCGACAUAUUCGGUGAAGAAAUGGCCAAAAUGAAGAGAAACAAGAAGCGAAUCUCCGCGCAAGUGAAUACGUCAAGGGAACGAGUGAAUUGAGCAACUGGCAGGAUUUCCGUAAGUCAAAACACUGCCAAGUGAGUUGAGAGACUGCUUGCCAGGACAACACAAUGACGAUGAGUGAAUUGAACACUGUCUUGGAUUGCUUUCCAGGAUUUCCACAACUCAACAAAUAGAAAUGAGUGAAUUGAACAAGGUAUUGGAAGGAUUUCUGAAAUUCAACACAUUGACGAUUAGUGAAUUGAACAAUGUCUUGGAUUGCUUUCCGGGAUUUCCACAGUCAACAAAUAGACAAUGAGUGAAUUGAACAAGGUCUUGGAAGAAUUUCUGAAAUUUAACACAUUGACGAUGAGUGCAUUGAACAAUGUCUUGGAUUGCUUGCUAGGAUUUCCCCAAGUAAACACACUCACAGUGAGUGACCUGAACAAGGUCUUGGAAGGAUUUCUGAAAGUCAAUACCUCUUGAGUAUUAGUCUAUUGAAGGA